CACCUUCAUCUUCAACACUCUCUUCUUAACUCUUAAAUAUCUCUUUUUUUCUCUCCACUUUAGUGCUCAUCAUCACUUUCUAUAUACUUCUAGCUAUCAGAUCUCAUCGCAACUACCACAACCAUUAAUUCUCUCGAAUUACCCUUCGUUUGAAUUAAGAAUUAUAGGUGGAAACUAUGAUGGUCACUUUUUGGUAGUUGCUGAAAUUCAAUUCAUUCAAAGACUAUAUACAUAUGAUUUUGAAAGCUAAUUCUGAAACCAACUAUCAACGUAUGGGGUUGAAUAAAUGAAGUCGCGGAUUGAAAUUGUUCUUGCUCUUGUUAUUAGCUUGCUCUGGAUUCAACUUUCCUUUUGUGAUGAGGUUUCUGAUACAUCUGGCAUAAGUAAGUGGAAAUGUAGAUGUUCUUCUUUUGAAGGGAACCAAAGCUACUCUCUUGCUAAUUGUUCGAAGUCAUGUGAUUGUCAUUCGGAGGGUGCAUCCAUAUGGACAUGCAUAUGUGAUCCCAAUGGAUUUCCCCAAGUGGCAGAAGAUGGUCAUAGCCCUAAGUGCUUUCAUGCUUGCAACUGCACAUGGGGAACUGUCAGCACGCCAUUAGGUUCAAAGAAACACAUUUCCAGCAAGAUUGUUGUAAUUAUCCUUUUAAUAUGUGUUAUAUGCACAACCAUUGCGCUUCUCGCCUCAGUUGGAUGCUACAUCUACAGAAGGGACAAAUGUCCUAUUCAAUCACCAAUGUUCUCAUCCGAUAAGGAAACAAGUAGUGGUAGUACCACCAAACUUAUAAGUCACAGAACAGGAACUUCUUCAGUGACAGAGACAAAACAUUUUGUAAAUUCUCCUAUUUAUCAUAUCACAGGAUGCUUUCAGAAAGCCUCCUUUUUGUUUGGGAGCCCAAAGGAAACUUUUCAUGGAAAUAUUAUUCAAUUUUCAUUCUCUGAACUGGAAAGUGCCACUGAUAACUUUUCAGCUUCCAACCUGAUCGGAGUAGGAGGAAGUAGUUACGUAUACCAAGGUCGGUUGAAAGAUGGUAAUAUUGUCGCAGUUAAGCGACUACAAGAUCAAGGAGGGCCAGAAGCAGACUCUUCAUUUUUCAAAGAGAUUGAACUAUUAUCUAGACUUCAUCAUUGUCAUUUGGUGCCUUUGCUUGGGUACUGCUUAGAAUCAAAAGGAAAACAUGUUCAAAGGUUACUAGUAUUUGAGUACUUGAUUAAUGGAAAUUUGAGAGACUGUUUAGAUGGACUUUCUGGAAAAUACAUGGAUUGGACUACUCGUGUUACGAUUGCAAUAGGAGCAGCAAGGGGCUUGGAAUAUCUCCAUGAAGCAGCUGCUCCAAGAAUUCUUCAUAGAGAUGUGAAAUCAACCAACAUUCUUCUGGAUGAAAAUUGGCAAGCAAAAAUAACUGAUCUUGGCAUGGCUAAAAAUUUGAGAUCUGAUGACCUACCAAGCUGUCCAGGUUCUCCGGCAAGAAUGCAGGGGACAUUUGGCUAUUUUGCACCCGAGUAUGCUAUCAUUGGUAGAGCCUCACUUGAAUCAGACGUCUUCAGUUUUGGUGUGGUUCUUCUCGAGCUUAUCAGUGGUCGACAUCCUAUCCACAAAACUACAGGCAAAGAAGAAAGUCUCGUUAUAUGGGCUUCUCCUCGUUUACAGGAUAGUAGUCGGGUAGUAACGGAGUUAGUUGAUCCACAAUUGAAAGGAAACUUCCCAGAAGAAGAGGUCCAUAUAAUGGCAUACCUUGCAAAAGAGUGCUUACUCCUAGAUCCUGAAACUCGACCAACCAUGAGUGAGGUUGUUCAAAUUCUUUCGAGUAUUUCCCCGGGAAAAUCAAAGAGGAGGAGAAGCAUUCCCUGUAGCCUGUUUCAGGAACCAGAGAAUGCAGAAAUGAUUAGGCGAGCUCCAUCAAGUAAAUUUCCAACUCAUAAUUCAUCGUCACAAGACAUUGAACACAAUCUGUGUGUUGAGACCAAAAAUAAAGAAGAAAAAGAAGUUUCAGCUGAGUAUAUGGAAAGUUUGAUCCUCUUGACAUCAAAAUCUGAUGGCUGGCAUGCACCCGAAGAGGAAAUGGUAGACAUAACCGAGCCUCGGUUUGAAUCAUUUUGCAUGACAAAUGGCACUGUUCUUUGAAAAGAUACACCUUACAUGCAGAAAAAGCAGAAAACUGAAGAAUUUAUGAUGUGGACUGGACUAGUAAUAUAGUUAUGAGGAAAACACACACCUUGAAUAUCGCUAUUUAUUGCGCAUUGCUCAAUGGGAUAUUAUAAGGGAUUAUGCAAUCUGAUUUUGAGAUUAAGUUCUACACUUUUCAAGUUCUGUUAUGAAAUGAAGAGCACAUAGGUGUUGUUAGAUUAUAAGCACAAAAAUAUAUUCAAUGUAUUCUUGUACAGAAAAGCUUAGGAUGAUUAUAGGUGAUAUUGAUUCUGGUUCUUUUAUUUGGAGAAGAAUCUGAUUUCAUUAAUUGACAUGAUAUAUAUAUUUUUUUCUGACAAAUACACAACACAAGUUCCAUUUAA